GCAAGGCAGACGGGGGCGAUGCGGCACCCUUUCGCGAUGCGAGGACUCCGCUGCGCGGAGAUUUCCGCAGGCUCAGGAAGCAUGGCUGAGGCUGAAAGCGGCUCUGAGAAGGUGCCUCUUUUCAGGCAGAAACAGCGAGGCGGCCUCACCUACCGCAUCCCGGCCCUGCUCUACCUGCCCUCUGAGGCCGUGUUCCUGGCCUUCGCAGAGGAGCGGUCCUCGCCCAGAGACGAAGCCGCCAAGUUCCUGGUGAUGAGACGGGGACAGAGGGAAGGCAUGUCUGUCCAGGUCAGGACAGCACGCUUAAACUCGCCGAAGCAAGCGUGAUUGCUAUUCCCGGGUGCGGUUGCCUGCCAUUCCUACGCAGCGUGAAUUGUGUCAGGGGCAGACCUGCCUGGCAACACCUUACUUCUGGAAAUGCAAGGCUGCCUCUAGUUCGAAGCCUGUCUCAAAGUGCAGAAUAAAGAGCACAUAAUUAUUUUGGAGGCAGGUUCUGUGCCGCAUC